AUGUCUAAUAGAGAAGAUUCUAGAAGAAACAGAUACAACACGUCAAGUAAAAAGAAUCGAUAUAAUGACAUUAAAGAAAGACCAUCCAAAUAUCAUUCACGAUACUAUACACGCUCUGCUAGUCCCAAGAAAUAUUAUUAUGACGAUUCACCCCGAUCGAGUUCAUCUAGGUCUUUGCUUUCAGGUGAUGAAAUAGAAGGAGAUGAAGAAGAUCGAAAAGACUAUUGUAAAGGUGGAUAUCAUCCUGUACGCGUAGGAGAAAGAUAUAAAGAUGGACAAUAUGUUGUCUUGAGGAAACUCGGGUGGGGUCAUUUUUCAACUGUUUGGCUUGUUCAGGAUCAAGAGACAGGCAACCACUUUGCGAUGAAAGUAGUAAAGUCAGCAAAACAUUAUACAGAGACGGCUAGAGAUGAGAUCAAGCUACUCGAACGAGUUGCUGAAGCAGAUCCUACCUGUGUGGGUGCUCAAUAUGUGACAGCCAUCGUCGAUCACUUUAUGGUGCAGGGGCCCAAUGGGCACCAUGUCUGUAUGACUUUUGAGGUACUUGGAGAGAACUUAUUGUCGUUGAUCAAGAAAUACAAGAAUAGGGGUGUUCCUAUCAAGAUCGUCAAGCAAAUAUCCAAACAGGCCCUCCUCGGCCUUGACUAUUUGCACAGGAAAUGUCGUAUCAUUCAUACCGAUCUGAAGCCUGAAAACGUCUUGAUGUAUAUUGAAAAUGCUGAAGAGAUGCUUAGGAAGUUGAGUUCAAGACCAGAUUCGGUAGAGUCAAAGGAAGAGCCUUAUAAUGAUCAUAGUAGAGGAAGAAGCCCUGCUCGUAAGUAUCGGUCCGUCAAGAUGGUGCCCUCUCAACCCUUGUCGUCGGCUGAGGGCAGUUCAAGCAGAGGACGCAGGUCAGAUAUGUCUAGAUCACGUUCCAACAGUCAAGAAGCUCAGGACUCUGUUAAGGUCAAGAUUGCAGAUUUAGGUAAUGCCUGUUGGGUAGAUCAUCACUUUACAGAAGACAUACAGACACGACAAUAUCGAUCACCCGAGGUUAUUAUUGGAGGCAAAUGGGAUGCUGGAGCAGAUAUGUGGAGUUUGGCUUGUAUGAUAUUUGAAUUACUCACAGGAAGCUACCUGUUUGAUCCGCGAAGGGGUAAAGGAUACAGUCGUGAUGAUGAUCAUCUCGCGCAAAUGAUUGAAUUGAUGGGACCCAUGCCAAAAGAAUUUGCUCUAUCAGGCAAGCAUUCUUCCGAGUUCUUCACUCAUAAAGGUGCGCUUCGACAUAUUCACAGAUUAAAGUAUUGGUCACUGGAAGACGUAUUACAUGAUAAAUAUGGAUACCGUCGAACGGAGGCUGAGGAGAUUGCGAGCUUUUUAAAUCCGAUGCUGGCUUAUGAACAUAGGGCUACUGCAUAUGAAUUAGUGAACCAUCCAUGGUUGCAUGAUGUCGAACCUAUUCUACCUGAAGAGCAUGCUGAUAAACAGAAAUGGAACAAAGAUUACCCCUGGAGGGAUUGGGCAAGAGAAAGAGACAUGAAAAGAAGACGUUAGGA